AUGUCAUAUGAUCGUUAUGUUGCCAUCUGUGAUCCCCUUCAUUACAUUACCCGAAUGAGCAGGAAACAUUGUGUUUGGCUCAUAACUGCCUCAUACACUGUUGGUUUUGUUGAACCUGUGAGCAGUGUAAUAUCUUUAUCUAAACUAUAUUGUGCUUCCCAUCUUGUUGACCAUUUUUUCUGUGAUGUCACACCAUUGCUAAAACUUUCCUGCAGCAGCACUUUUAUUGUGGAACUUUUCAUUUAUAUCGUAGGAACAUUUUUGACUUUCAGUUCCUUCCUCCUUCCUCUGAUCUCAUACAUAUUUAUCAUCUCUGCUAUCCUGAAAAUACAAUCUUUAAAGGGGCAACAAAAAGCCUUUUCUACCUGUGCUUCUCACCUGACCUGUGUGAUAAUCCUUUAUGUGACAGCUAUUUGCUUGUAUGUGAGACCCACCACAAGUUAUUCUCUAAAAAGGGACAAGUAUUUCUCACUGUUGUACAUUAUCCUGGGCCCUUUGCUGAAUCCUCUGAUUUACAUAUUGAAAAACAGAGAAUUUCAAUCUUCUUUUAAUAAAGAGAGGCAAAGAUUUUUAUGCAGUUUUCAUUUAGGAAAUGCAAGCCAAUAA